AUGAUUAACUUAAGUUAAAUAUUAGAAGGAGAUAAUGGGGAGAUGACAUUUUAUUAAGAUACUAGUCAAGUUGAUUUGGAAGAUAUCUUAUAAGAAGAUGAUGAGAUUAGAGAGUAACUCAAUCAUUUGAAUAGUGAUUCUUAAACUAUGGAAUUUAAUAAUCAGAAUAAUGAAUCAUUCAUUUUUGAUUAAGAAGAAUUCAUUUCUCCAAUUUAAAUAAUGUCUUUGGGACAUCAUUCUAAAACUUUUGGCAUUUCAACAAAUUAUUUAAUCAAUUAUUGGGAAAGAUAACUAGCAUUAUUCUCGAAUAAUAAGAAUAGCAAAACAAUAUAAAUUUAAGAUGCAUCAUAUAUAUCAAUCAAAGGAUAAAUUAUAGCUGUUGGAUUUGAGAGUGGUUAAAUUCACAUUUAUGAAGGAAGUUAAUUAAAAUUAGCCCAUAAAAUACAGGAACAUCAAACAACAAUAAUAGGUUUGAAUAUAGUAGAUGUUUAAGCAAAUGAAGUAAUAAUGGCAUCUUCUGAUCUGGAUGGUAAUGUGAAAUUAAUUAGAGUUGGUUAAAAUUUAUUUAGAAGUAAAAUUGUAACAAAUACUAUAUUGAAUAAGUUUGAAUAUCCUGUUACUUAAUUGAUAUCAUAAUAAUUUAAAUAUUCUGAUAGUGAUAAGACUAGUUUAUUAUUAACUUUAGGAAAUAGUAAUAUGGUUAUAACAUUAUCAAUCAAUCCAGAAGUUAAGGUAGUACAUGUUUUUGAUAAACAAAAAUCAAAUAAUGAUCUUCAUUGGGGUAAAUGCAAUCAUGAAGGUAAUCAAAUAUAAUUAUUAUCUAUUCAAUGGAAUUCAUUUAUUUAAUUGAUAACCUUUUUGGAAAAUUCACCUUGGUAUUUUUCAUUCUAUUCUGCUGAUACUCCUUUAAUUGGAUCUAAAUUCAUUUCUGAAAAUUUGAUUAUUGCUGCUACUGAAGGAUAAUUUCAAGUUCUUUACAUUCCUUAUUUCUCAAAAGGCAAAUAUUGUUUUAAAUCUGAUAGCAAAGCUAAAAUUUCUAACACCAAUUUCCAUUAAAACAUAUAUUGUUUAAGAGCAAUAAGUAAUGUAAUCUAUUUCAUAUCUGAAAAUAAGUUAUAUUCAUUACAUGCAUUAAGUUGGUUAUAGUAUCUUAAAUCCUUAAUACAAAAUGAUUCACCUUAAUGGUCAAUAGCAUUAAGAUUUCUUGUAUAAGUUUAUAGAGGUAAAGUUAAAGGAAUGCCAAAUUUAGAAUUGGAUGAAGAUAGAAAUGCAAUUUAAACAUUAGCUCCUACUUUAAUUACUAGUAUUACUAAUACUAAAAUGAAUAGAGAAUUGAUAUCAGCAGUUGUUUAAUUUAUUCUUCUUUGUUAAAUUCCAUAACAUUUGAUGAUAGUACGAUAAGGUUGUGAGAAAUAAUAGAUUUUAGAAGAUUAUUAUAAAGUUUUAGAACAUCAUUUAAAGAAAAUUACUUAAUUACCAAAAGAGAUAUUUUUUGAUUUGGCAAAUAAAUUCUCUCCUGAGUCUUUCUAGAAAUUAGUAAUUAAUCUGGAUUUAAAUUCAAUUGAUAUUGGAUAUACAUAUGAUGUAUGUUUAAGUAAAGAAAUAUACACUCCAUUAUUGUAUAUAUGUCCAAGAAAAGAGGAAGAUUUUUUAACUCCUUUAAAUAAAAUGUUUGAGAAACAUAAAUAGGAACUAUAUGAAAAAUGUUUAUGGUUUAUAGAAAUUACAUAAAAAUAAAUUCUAUUUCCAAAUGAUCAGAUUCCAUUAGAAAUAUGGAAGAAAGCUGUAAGAUAAUAGAUGUUAUGGUUAAUGGAAGUAUUGGAUGUGUUGUAAAGUGAGAAAUUGUUUCAAAUCUUAACAACUUAUCUUAAAUAACCUUGUUUAGGUGCAUUACAUCAUGAAUCUGUAUAUUCAUAUUUUAAUAUAACUUAAGAAAAUUUAUUGGCAACAAAGAUAUUUGAAUAAGUAAGUAGUAUUAAAUAAUAAUAUUUACUAUAAUAUCUAUUAUUUAUCAGUAAAAUAAUUGAUUAGAUUAAAGUUAAAGAAUCAGAAAAAUUAUUAUUAUAGAUAUUUGAAAUCAAUAAAUCUUAUAUUGAUAAUUAUGUAGCAAUGCCUGAAGAUUUAGAUUAAAUCUUAUAAAUUAUUUAUUAUUUAAUGCCUCAUACUGCAUUAAUUGAAUAAGCAUAUGAAAGUUAAUGUGUUGAUUACAUUGCUUAUUACUUUUUAUAUUAAAAUUAAUACAACGAAGCCAUUAAAAUAUUCUUUAAUUAUGAAGAAUUCAAACUUAGAGUUUACAAAUGGUUAGAAUAUUAACCUUAUGAUCCACUUAUGUUAGAUCAUCUUGAUAAACUACUUGAAUUGGACCCUGAGAAAUGUGCUAAAGUAUUUCAAAGUUGGCCUAUCGAAACUUUAUAAAAACUUAUUAUUUAUCAACCAAAAAGAGAAUUAUUACAUGUAUUCAAAUAUUUAUCUAUUGAUCUUUCUUAAUUUCUUUAAUUGAAACUAAUUGAAUUGAUUAGUAUUCAUGAACCAGAAAAUACUAUUUCAUGGUUAAAGAAUAGACAAUAUUAAUUAGAAGAUGUUGAAUAAAUAUUUUAAUAAACCAAUAAUAUUGAAGGAUUAGGAUAUAUUUUAGAACAAAAAGGACUAUAUCAAUAAGCAAUAGAUAAUUAUCUUUAAGUAUAUAUAGAGGAAUCUAGAAAUUACAUUUUAUCAUUUAGAAAUCAAGAUAGAGUAACAUAAUUGUUUUAGAACCUAAUGAGAGUUACUAAAAUAGCUGUUUAAUCAGCUGAUACUAAUUAAGAAUUAUAUUUAUAUAUAGCACAUAAUAUCUUUAAUCCUUUGAUGCAUUAAACUCAUUGGUGUAAACUUAAGAGAUCUUAUGUGUUCAAUUAGUAAUUUAGUUAGCUAUUUAUGCAUUUAUUUCGCUAUUCUCCAACAGAAUUAAUCAAAAUAAUAGAAAUAAAUCAUGAAACAUUUAAUUAAGUUCACUUAAAAAGUAGUUUUAUUACAGUUUUUAAGGAAUUUGGAUAUGAAAAAUAAUUAGUAGAAAAAAUAUCUAAGAUUAUUAGAAAUGAUAAUAUUAAAUUGCUUAAGUUACUAUAUUCUUUAAUGAACAAAUCAAAUUUAUAUGAAAUUAAUUGUAUAGAGUGUUAACAAACAUACACUUAAGAUUAAGCAAUUCUUUUAAAAUGUGGUCAUACAAUGCAUCCAUUUUGUUUGGAAAACAAGUAUUGUCCAAUAUGUUAAAAUAUCUCAGCUUAAUCAAGUAUAUCUAAGAAUAUAAUUAAUAGUGCUUGAAAGUAUAGGAGUAGAAGAAUUAAAGAAAUCUAUCUUAAAAUCUAAAGUAGAUAAUUAAUAAUUGUAAUUAUUGAAAAAUGUUGAUGAUAUAGAUUUGGAAGAUAAUUUUAUAUAAUCCACAACUUAAGAUGAUAAAGAAAUAAUGGAAUUAAGAUUAUUAAAUAAAAUGGAUAUAUAUGAUUAAUUAACUGAUUCUGCAUUGCAAUAGGUAUUCAAUUGUAAUAAUUGUAGUACAAUUCUUUUUUAGAUUAAUAUUUUUGAUAGUUGUCUGACUUUAUACUUUAUAUAAUUGUUUAUAAAUAAAAAUGCAGUUAUUUCAUAUAUUUAACUAAGAAAUUAAUUUAAAAAAGUUCAAAAUUCUACAUUAUGUUCUGUGAUCAUCAAGGAGAAUAAUCAUUCUGUAUAUGUUGUCAAUAACUUAUUUGUGAAUUAUGUAUAUGUUGUACAAAUUCAAAAAAAAUAAAUGUGCCAAAAAUACAUUUAAAUGCACUUUGUUCAAGAUGUGAUUAAACUUAAGCUUAAAUUAAAUGUGAAUAGUGUAUGUUUCAAUUCUGUUAAGAAUGUUUUUAAUCAGUUCAUAAAAUAGGCAAAUUUUCAACUCAUAUCAAAAUUGAAAUCAAUUAAGAUCUACACUAAUAAAUAGUCAAAUAAAUGUCUAUAAUUACAGAACUUGAAUAAUACUGUUAAGAAUAAAUGACAUCGAUUUUAUAAUAUUUUGAUUAGAUCUAAGUAGUAUUAGAUAGGAAAAAAAAAUAGUUUCUUGAUGGUAUAUCUAAUUAUCGUAAUUAAUAAAUAAAAUAGCUUAAAUAGAGAAUAAAUUUAAUUGAAGCAGCUGUCAAAAUUAAUUCAGAAUAAACUUUUGAAAUCCCAGAGUGUCUAAUUUAUUAAAAAGAAACAUUUAAUUUAACCGCCAAAGAAUAAAUUAUAGACUUGAUUUUAAAUAUUGAUAUUUAAAAAAACCUUGACUAAAGUACUCUUAGUCCACGUAAAAUUCUUACUUAAUCAAAUGUGAGAAGGAGUGCCAGUUGUAAAAAAUUGGAAUCUUAAGACAAAAUUGUUGAGAUUUGUGAAACUUUUGAAAAGAGAAAAUUUAUUAAAUCAUUGUGUUAAUCUAAUUCAAUUUAAUUAUAAUGGACUCAUUCUAAAUAAAAGGUUGACUAUAAUUUAGAAAUGGGAAUUGGCAUGAAAAUUAAAGGAGUUGAAUAAUUUAAAUAAAUUUACAUAGGUAUUGAACCAUAAUUUACAAUUACUGGAUUAUAAGCGAAAACCAAUUACAAAUUUAGAAUUUAAAGUAUAUUUGAAAAUAAGACAAGUGAAUUCAGUGAAAUCUUGAAUUUAACUACAUCUUAAUAAUAAUCUAUUGAGGAUAGUCUAAUAAUUUCUAAGAAAAUAAUAAAUAAUGAUAUUUAGGUUUAAUUUGAGAAACCUGGAUUAGUUUUAGGCACAAAUCCAUUAUACUUUGGAAUAUGGUCUUGGGAAAUCAAAUUAAUAAUAAAUGGAAUAAUUGAAGAUUUGACAGCCAGUUUGGUUGUUGGAGUAGCUAAUAAAUAAAGAAAGAUUGUUGGAACUACAUUGAAUUAUGGUUAUUAAAGAGACUCCUUGAUUAUUAAGGUCUUAGUUGAUAUGGACAAUAAGUUAAUGACUAUAACUUCGAAGAUGCAUCCAAAUGGAGAAAGAUUCUAUAAUAUAAUAGGUCCUGUAUUUCCAGCAUUUUAAAAUAAAAAUACUCAUAAAGGAUCAGGAUGUAAAUUAUUGAUAUAAUAUUAAUAAUUAUGAAUAAAAAAGAAUUAAGAAAACUUAAUUCAUAUGUAGAUAAAGAAGUACUCAAUCUGACAGGUGGUCUUUAUCCAUUUGCUCUUUUCUCAUAAACAAAACCACUAAAUCAUUAGAAAUGGAUUUAAGAGGAAAUAAUGCUAACUAAUCAUAACAUAGAAAAAGUGAAGGCAUGGGUACCAGAACAAGAGAAAGGGUAAAUGUUUAGAGGAGAAAAAGUCAAUUACGAUCCAGAAUAUCUUGAAUUUAAAGAAGAGGAAAUAAGUAUUGAUAAUGAUUGGAGUUUUGAAGAGACUUAAUAUUUAUUCAAUUAAUUGAGGAACUUUAAUUACAAUUUCAUAGUACUGUCUGAUAGAUAUUCAUAUCAAAAUAAAAACAGAGAUAUUUAUUAAUUGAAAGAUAGAUAUUAUAGUGUUGUUAAUGAAGUAUUAUAGAAGAGGAAUGAAAAAUCACAUUUUCUAUAUAAUUAUGUUUAUGAUGAAGAAUAUGAUCGAUUUAGAAAUAUGGAACUUGAAAAGUAUUUAAAAAGAACAAAAUAAAUAAGUGAUGAAGAUAAAAAGUUAUAAGAGGAUCUAAGGAAAGUUGAUCAAUAAAUAAAGAAAUAAGAGAGGGAACAUAAAAGUUUAUGCAAAUCUAUUAAUCUAUAAGAAUGGGAUAUUGAUGAUAAAUCAAUCAAUUAUAUUAUAGAUAUGUCAUAAAAAAAUGAAGAAGUUAAAAAGACAACUAAUGAGAGAAUAGUUUAUUUAAGAAAUAAAUGGAUUAAUGAAGCAUUACCAUUACCUACUACAAUUAAAGAUAAAUUGGAUAGGUAGUUAAAAGAAGUGCUUUAAAAUACUAAAUUAGCUUUAAAUUAAGAAAUAGAAGAAUUAUUUUGUAAUCUACGUAAACUCUAAUUGGGUGUAUUGAGUUAAUAAAGAUUAUAAAAAAGAAGAGAAUAAGAUAAAAGACAUUUGGAAGAUAAAAUUAAAAAACUUAAAGCUUAACAUGAUUCAUAAUAAGCUAGUGAUAUGAAAACUAAAAAAUGA